ACGACGUGGGUUCAUGUGAAUACUUGGGCGCGCAUGGUGAAGCAUUCUUUUCACUACUUUUUACAGAUUCCGUUAUCUCAACUCAUCAAUACAACCCUGUAUAAUCAGACAUGCCUCCCCGAGGGAGAGGCGGUAAUUUCCGCGGCCGGGGCUCUCGCGGCCGUGGUGGACGUGGUGGACGUGGUCGCGGUCGCGGGUCAAGUCGGUUUGGACCAACUCGAAGGUUUGAUGGAGACCGACUGGCCGAAAAGGAUGAAUCGGAAGAUUCGCUCAGCGAAGAGAGUGAAGAUGAGGAGCAAGCAGAAGAGUUAAACGACAUCGCGUCCGACGAUGACGAGGAUGAGAAGCCCGCCGCGCGGCCCUAUAUGGCUCUGCUCCAAAGCUUCAACGAAAUUGGUGCUCCGAAAGCAAAGAGGCGAAAGCUUGAACAUUCGGAACCGCGCAAGGAGACUGACGAAUUGGAGUCUGAUCAAGAUGAAGCUGUGGUCGGCGAGGACGUCGAUCGGGUUGAUGAGGAGGAGGAGGACCCCGCCGCUGGCGCCGCCGAGCAGCCAGAAAAUGACUCGGACUCUGAGGAUGAAGAGGACUCAAGUGAUCCAUUCGAUGCGCACUUUGCCCACGCACACGAGAUAGCAUCUGCAAAGGCGGUCAAGGCGGUCAAGGACGAGCAAUGGACGACAAAGCGUACCAUGAUGCAGUCAUUACGCACUACCCUCAUGUCACCGGGGCCUGGGAGCGACUUGGAAGCACCGCGACCCGCGUCCGGUCUGGACGACUUUAUGCUCAAGAACAAGCUGAAGGAGACCUCUGCGAAGAAGUUUGCUAAGUUGGAUGAGACACAAAAGACGCUCAUGCCCCUCCUGUUCGACUACAGAGAUAUUCUGCACUGCGGACGAACAGCCAAGAAUGCGGAGGGUAUGCGGAAAGCUGUUUGCUUGCAUGCGCUAAAUCAUGUCUUCAAGACGCGAGACCGAGUCAUCAAGAACAACUACAAGCUCGCCAAGGACGGGGAAAACACAGAACUUGAGUUCAGAGACCAGGGCUUUACGCGUCCAAAAGUUCUCUUCCUCUUGCCAACCAGGAACUCCUGCGCUCGCAUUGUCAACAUCAUCCGAGACCUCUGCGGCUCAGAUCAGCAAGAGAAUCGCAAGCGGUUCGACGACUCCUACAUCGAAAAGGAGUCAAACUUUGGCAGCGACCGCCCAGAGGAUUUCCGAGAGCUGUUUGAGGGCAACGACGAUGAUAUGUUUCGCCUGGGAGUCAAGUUUACACGCAAGACAAUCAAAUACUUUGCCCAGUUCUACAACUCGGACAUACUGUUUGCAAGCCCGCUUGGCCUGCGCAUGGCCAUUGGUUCCGAGGAGGACAAGAAGAAGACAGACUUUGACUUCCUGAGCUCCAUCGAAAUGGUCGUCGUCGAUCAGGCCGACGCCUUGCUCAUGCAGAAUUGGGAACACGUCGAAUACAUCUUUGAGCACCUCAACCUGCAACCCAAGGACGCGCACGGCUGUGACUUUAGUCGCGUGCGGAGCUGGUACUUGGAGGACUGGGCGAAAUAUUUCCGGCAGACGAUUAUCCUGUCGGCUUUCAAUACCCCUGAGCUCACUGAGCUGCAGAGGAUGCACUGCCAUAAUUGGGCUGGCAAGGUCAGACUACAGCCAGAGUAUCCCGGUGUCAUCCAACAACUCGGCAUCAAGGCCAAGCAGACAUUUUCCCGCUUCCAGUCUCACUCGGUCGACAAGGACCCGGAUGCGAGGUUCGAGUACUUUGUGUCCGCCAUCGUGCCUACGCUGGUCAAGCGGGCAAAGGACUCCAACGGCACCCUCCUCUUCGUUCCGUCAUACCUCGACUUCGUGCGUGUUCGCAACUAUUUUGCAAACUCGCCAACCAUGAGCAGUGUCACGUUUGGCGCCAUAUCCGAAUAUACCGAUGUUCCGGAGGCAUCCCGUGCCAGGUCCCAUUUCCUCACUGGCCGGCACCGCGUGCUGCUUUACACGGAGCGCGCGCAUCACUUCCGCCGAUACCAGUUCCGAGGCGUCCAGAAAGUCAUAUUUUACGGGCUGCCCGACAACCCCAUAUUCUACAAAGAGAUCGCAGGGGACUACCUGAGCAAGAGCGAACAAGAUCUCAAGAUCGAGCCGGGGCAGGGCACAGUGAGGGUCAUGUUUUCCAAGUACGAUGUCAUGAAGUUGGAGAGAAUCGCUGGUUCCAAGAGAGCUGGCAAGAUGAUACAAGACCGCGGCGACACGUUUGACUUUAUCUAGAUAGAUCAUGGCAUAGCGUCUUUAAUGGACACCCGAUCCCCCAGUGAGCAGGGAUUGUAGCCGGCCACUGCGGCGCCCCGGUAUAGGCGUAUCAUGAUGGUAGUAAAAUUGCAC